GGGAGUCGCAGUUCAGGAUUUGAACCAGUGUUACCAGCGCGGCUGCGGGGGGCUCUCUGGGUUUCGCCCACCCGGUUCAGUGAGGGCUAGCUGAGCUGAGGCGGAGAAAGGGCGUGGAACUGGAAGAGGGUGAGUCAAGCAGUCCCUACGCUAUAAAAGGAGGCGGCACCGUUGCGUACGGUUGAGUUAGGUAGGUGCGGCCCCUGCUACCCAGUGUACUGAGGGACUUUUUUUUUUUUUUUUUUUUUUGGACCAGCGAGAGCUGGGUAGGAGAAGCCAGAGUCCGGCCCUAGCAACGGUUCUCGGGCUCAGGUCCAGCCGCCAUCUCAACCAUGCAGUCCCGAGAAGACGUCCCGCGUUCCCGCCGCCUUGCCAGUCCCCGUGGUGGGAGGCGGCCCAAGAGGAUUUCCAAACCCUCGGUUUCGGCUUUUUUCACGGGCCCGGAAGAGCUGAAGGACACGGCUCAUUCGGCAGCCCUGCUGGCGCAGCUCAAGUCCUUCUAUGAUGCGCGGCUGCUCUGUGAUGUGACCAUCGAGGUGGUGACGCCUGGCAGUGGGCCUGGCACAGGCCGUCUUUUUUCCUGUAACCGGAACGUGCUGGCUGCCGCAUGUCCCUACUUCAAGAGCAUGUUCACCGGCGGCAUGUACGAGAGCCAGCAGGCGAAUGUGACCAUGCACGAUGUGGAUGCCGAGUCCUUUGAGGUGUUGGUCGAAUACUGCUACACGGGUCGUGUGUCCCUGAGUGAAGCCAACGUGCAGCGCCUUUAUGCCGCCUCUGACAUGCUACAGCUCGAGUACGUGCGGGAAGCCUGUGCCUCCUUCCUAGCCCGUCGCCUUGACCUGGCUAACUGCACUGCCAUACUCAAGUUUGCGGAUGCCUUCGACCAUCAUAAGCUGCGAUCACAGGCCCAGUCCUUCAUAGCGCACAAUUUCAAGCAGCUCAGCCGGAUGGGUCCGAUUCGGGAAGAGACUUUGGCAGAUCUGACUCUGGCCCAGCUGCUGGCUGUCCUGCGCCUGGACAGUCUAGACAUCGAGAGUGAGCGGACAGUGUGUCACGUGGCUAUGCAGUGGUUGGAGGCGGCUCCCAAGGAACGGGGUCCCAGUGCUGCAGAAGUCUUCAAGUGUGUCCGCUGGACACACUUCACUGAUGAAGAUCAGGAUUACCUGAAAGGGCUGUUGACUAAGCCCCUUGUGAAGAAGUACUGUCUCAGCCUUAUUGAAGGAGCCCUGCGCAUGCGAUAUGGUGACAUGUUGUACAAGUCUGUGGUGCCAAAGCCUGACAGCAGCAGCAGCAGCUCUAUUGUAUCCACAGUAGAAAAUCCACCCCAGAGGCUGGGUAUGUGUGCUAAGGAGAUGGUGAUCUUCUUUGGACAUCCCAAAGAUCCCUUUCUGUGCUAUGACCCAUACUCGGGGGACAUUUACACAAUGCCAUCACCUUUGGCCAGCUUGGCUCACACGAAGACUAUCACCUCCUCCGCUGUCUGCGUCUCUCCAGACCAUGACAUCUAUCUGGCUGCCCAGCCCAGGAAACAUCUCUGGGUGUAUAAACCAGCCCAGAAUAGUUGGCAGCAACUUGCAGAUCGCUUGCUCUGUCGUGAGGGCAUGGAUGUGGCCUACCUCAAUGGCUACAUUUACAUCUUGGGUGGGCGAGACCCUAUCACUGGAAUUAAAUUGAAGGAAGUGGAAUGCUACAGUGUUCAGAGGAACCAGUGGGCACUAGUGGCUCCUGUACCACAUUCCUUCUAUUCCUUUGAACUAAUAGUGGUUCAGAACUACCUUUAUGCUGUGAACAGUAAGCGCAUGCUCUGCUAUGAUCCUAGCCACAAUAUGUGGUUGAACUGUGCUUCUCUUAAACGUAGUGAUUUUCAGGAAGCUUGUGUGUUCAAUGAUGAAAUCUACUGUAUCUGUGACAUCCCAGUCAUGAAGGUCUAUAACCCAGCCAGGGGAGAAUGGCGAAGGAUUAGUAAUAUUCCCUUGUUCUCAGAGAUUCACAACUAUCAGAUUGUCAGUCAUGGUCAAAAGUUGCUCCUCAUCACUUCUACCACCCCGCAAUGGAAAAAAAACAGGGUGACUGUGUAUGAAUAUGAUACUAGGGAAGACCAGUGGAUUAAUAUAGGUACUAUGUUAGGUCUUUUACAGUUUGACUCUGGCUUUAUUUGCCUCUGUGCUCGUGUUUAUCCUUCUUGCCUUGAACCUGGUCAGAGUUUCAUCACUGAGGAAGAUGAUGCACGGAGUGAGUCUAGUAAUGAUUGGGACUUAGAUGGAUUCAGUGAGCUGGACUCUGAGUCAGGAAGUUCAAGUUCUUUUUCUGAUGAUGAAGUCUGGGUACAGGUUGCACCUCAGCGAAAUGCACAGGAUCAGCAGGGUUCUUUGUAAAUAUUUUGAAACACUAAGAUGUUUCUACUGCUAUGUAAUAUAUCCUUAAAAAAUAUUCUUUCCUUUUCCUGGAAAAGAAAAUUUGAUUAGGAUCACAGAUUUGGUAUAGAAAGGCUGAUUGAUGUUUGAAUUUAAGAAGCCGAUGAAAUCAACCUAUAUAAUAAUUUACUGUGUUAAAAUCAAAUUAAAAUGUGCAAAAAAUGAAAUAUAUAAUUAGAAUGCAUGGUGGUUUCUUUCAUCAUUCAAGUAUUCAUUGUAGCAGAGCAUUGUAUUGAUUAGUUGCAUUGUUUGUAUUUUAGUUAUAUAGUCUGUUAACUUUUUAAUUUAGUGCCACAGGAAUUUAACUUUAAUUUUUAGAAUAGAAAAUUGGACUAGAAACUGUUGAUAGGAUUUUGAAGGUUAUUUUCCUUAAGAAUAAUGAAAAUAGUAAAUUUACCAAGUUUUAAAGUAAUUGGCUUUUAGAAUUCUAAGUUAAUAAUAGUUUGUUAAAAUUUGGUUUGGUUUUCUUCCCUUUUGCAAAUAAAAUAAAUUGAACAUAUAAAGCUUAUUAAAUAGAAAUUUCAUUUUGCCCUGGCUGGCAUAGCUCAGUGGAUUGAGCUCGGGCUGCGAACCAGGCAUCACAGGUUUGAUUCCCAGUCAGGGCACAUGCCUAGGUUGAAGGCCACGGACCCCAGCAACCCCACAUUGAUGUUUCUCUCUCUUUCUCCUUCCCUUUCCUCUCUAAAAAUAAAUAAAUAAAAUCUUUUAAAAAAAUAGAAAUUUCAUUUUGAUACGGUGUAAAGUGUAAGAGCUCAAAGAAAGUAAAAAAAAAAAAAGAUUCCAUGGUUUUAAAAGAAAUUUAGCUUCUAAUUUUGAAAUAUAUCUGUAUUUUUGUUAAACGUGACCAUUUUUCUACUUUCAAAAAUACCCAUCGUGAAAAUAGAAAACCAUUUUUCUAUUUUCAAAGUCACCAAUUAUUAAAAUAUCCUUCUAAACCCUCCCACCAAAAAAAAAAAGGUGAUUUGUAAGUUCAUAUAUAGCCUGAUACAUAUUUCAUUACAUCAGAGAAACAAUCCUUUUUUUCACUGGACAUAUCAUUGGAUAAUGUGAAUUUUAUCCAUUGGUCAUACCCUGUCUUAAAAAGUUUAUGUGCUGUCCUGAAAUAUUUUGGCUGUGUACUUUUGGUGUUUGUCUUAGAGGAUUCUUCAGCAGGGAGUGAUUUAUUCUUUAUUUUUUUGUGAGGUAAUAAUUGGUUUUGAAAAUAUAUAUAAGCUAAAAAAAGUAUUUCAUUGAGAUCAGUAGUUACUGUGUCCAUAAACUAUAAAAUCAAAGGUCAGCAGCAAACUUUAAAACUUUAUGUAUAGAACUGUUUUGUGUAGCAUUGAAAUAUUUUGUCAAUUUUGUAAGUUACUAUAAAUGAUUAUCAGCUUGAAGGUAUUUUUGUAUUAAAAGUUGACAGUUAAAGAACAUAAGUGGAUGCUGGCAACAGUGAAAGUACAUUUCCUCUAAAAUAUUUCCCUAAGCAGUGGUAUGCAUGAUUAUUUUAUUAGGGUAUUUGUAUCUGUUCUGUAGUUCUCUGUGAAUCAACGCUCCAGACUUUGGUUUUUGUUUUUAAUUUUUAUUUAUUUAUUUUUGUAUAUCACCAUAAUGUGAGGGAAAGUCCAGAAAUAGAAACUAAAUUGCACAAGAUUGACAUUGCUAAAUACAAGAACAUAUAGGUGCUUACCUUUUAAGAGGGUCUGUAAAUAUAUGUGAUUUUCAUAAUACCUAUAAUGGUAAAUGGUGUACAUAUAUAGAUGUUUAUGGUCUAUAAAGUUUUUUAUGCCCACUUAGAAUUAUUUUGAAUCUUUAUUCAAUAGCAUGCUAAUUCUUUUUCUCUAUUUAUUCUCUAGUGACCAAAUGUUAACAUUUCCUAUACCCUGGUAGUCUUGAGGAGUGUCCAUUGGUAACAGGGAAGGUAAAAGCACUGCUCUUAACAUUGAAAACAAUUUCUCUAUACUGGGGUUUUGGGGGUGGGGGGCGGGGAGUUGGCUAACUUUUUUUCAUCCCUAACUUCUUGUUUUGUUUUGUAAGGUUAAAAUAGGACAAUGCUUAUCUCAACCAGAUUAUCCAUCUUAGAAUUAAGUUAUGCAGCUGACUGAUAAAAGAUAAGUUCUCUAAAUUGUCAUUCUCAACCUUUAAGAUAGUUUAUAAGCUAAUUAGUAAAAUCUUGGUUUAAAAAGAGGUUUUCUUGGAAAAGGUUUUUGGUUUGGUCAUAUGUUUGUGAAUUAGGGAAUAGAUGUUAAUCAUUAUUUUAAAGAGAAGUGAUCUGUACAUGGUUAGUUACAAAUAAAACUAGCACUAGAACUCAG